GUCACUCGAGCGCGUGACUCUGCGUCAUGUGACACGUUGUGUUAUUGCCAGCUAGCAGCAGCUGCACAGGAGGAAAAUAGAACAAGAAAAGAUAAGAAAAUCUCAAUCUGACUGCUUUAGAAGUAUGCAUUUCUGAAAAACGGAUCGAGUUUGUUGUGUACAUGUAUUUAUUAUGCUACUUUAAUGAGUUGGUUGUUUGUACGUCGCGACCAAUGAAUGUGAAGUUGCAUUGAGUGCCAGUCAUUUGUUGAAGUUGGCUCUGUACUGAAGAUGAACGCUUUGGUUGCUCUCUGUCACUUCUGUGAGCUCCAUGGCCCUCGGACGUUGUUUUGCACUGAGGCAUUGCAUCCUCCGUCCCCAUCCCCUUCGUCCCAGGCUGGUGCCCCGGUGCUUGGGGACAGGGACCGAGAUGGUGACCGGGAGGGUGAAGGGCUGACAAUGAGGGCCAACAGCUCAGCUACACAGAGAGGAGAGAUGUGUGAUGGAUGUCGAUCUCUUCCCGCAUCUCACCCGGGUUUUGUGAGCAUUGAUGAUGAAACAGGCAUACGCUUCCUGAGCCACCAGCAUCCCAGACAGCCGCAACUCUUCAGCGUCGUUCGCCAGGCCUGUGUGCGCAGCCUCAGUUGUGAGGUAAACAGUGACGUGUGUCCUGGACGUGAAGGGCCAAUUUUCUUUGGAGAUGAGCAGCAUGGUUUUGUGUUCUCACACACCUUCUUUAUCAAAGACAGUCUGGCCCGAGGCUUCCAGCGCUGGUACAGUAUUGUCAUGGUUGCAAUGGACAGGAUCUACCUCAUCAACUCCUGGCCUUUUCUGUUACGCCACCUUAGACUUACUAUACAAAGUCUACAAAGCACAGCCCUCAAGGUCUUUGAUAGUGAACAAGGAGUGUGUCCGCAGCGAGCGGUGAGGAUGAACAGCGUCUUCUCGCCUGCAGUUUUCCCUCAUCAAAGGAGUGGAAAUGCAGCCAGAUCGCUGACUUCUUUAACCCAGCAUCCAAACCUCUGGGCCAGUCUGCACUCCUCCUUUAGCUGGUUGCUAAAGGCCUGUGGUAGUCGUCUGACUGAGAAAUUGCUGGAGGGAGCCCCAACAGAGGACACACUGGUGCUCAUAGAGAGACAGACAGAGCAAGAGGAAGAAAUGAGCUGCUGGGAGGGUGCAGAAGGAGGCGGUCCUAAGCCUCAUCGGAUCCAAUCAGGGAGCGAGCUGGCCCACGACUUCCUGUGUGAUGAUGGAAAACUAGAUGAAUUACCCGGGCCCAAAUUCAGAUCCCUUAGGCAUUUGAGACAGGUCCUCGGGGCGGCUGAGUUCCGUCAGCUUGUGUGGCACGUGCUCAUGGGAAAUCAGGUCAUAUGGAGAGGGGCAGACCCCGGGCUCAUUCAAUCUGCUUUUAUAACGCUCAAGUCUCUGCUCCCUGUGGGCUGUGUGCGUUCUGUGCCAUACAGUGCUCAGUACGAGGAGGCUUACAAAUGUAACUUCCUGGGUCUGAGCCCAGAUGUGAUCAUUCCAACACACGUCAGCUCCUCAGAGUUUUCCUUACUGGUGGAUGUCAGUACAGACAGAAGCUGCCAGAUCUCAGCCGUAGGUGAAGACGACAUCUCCUCAUUUUAUCAGUUUACCAUCAGCAGUGCCAACACACAGCCCACAGACAAGGGUCCCACGUUACUGAACAAGCUUGAGGUAGCCCUGUCCAACGAGAACCUAUCUGUGGACGUCGUGUCUCACUGCCUGCUGUGUCUGAAGGAGGAGUGGAUGAAUAAGGUCAAAGUGCUGUUCAAGUUCUCCAAAGUGGACGGACGGGGGAGGGAGGACACCCAGAAAGUUCUGGCCCUUCUGGGGGCCACAGGGACCGGCGAGGAGGACAAUGUCAGACUGCUAAAGUUCUGGAUGACUGGACUCAGCAAAACAUACAAAAGUCAUCUAAUGACGGCCGUGCGUGGAGGGGAGAGGAGCCCCAGCCAGUGAAAAAGAGAGGGGGGGAGGCAGAGGGGUGAAGAAAGAGGGCCUGAAAACAGGAGGAAAUACUAAAGAAGGGAAAGUGAAAGCAGGGUUGUUUUCAUCAUUGCCUGUUUUGUGUAGCUGUGACUUUUUGUAGAAAGAAGGAGAAAUGUGAAUGGAUGACAGGAAUUCUUUGGCUCAUUCAUUCUUUCUUUUUAGGUGAGGGGAAAUCUACUGUUAAUAACCCUAAUUAUUCUGCUGCUCAGAUUAACACAUGCGGCCAGUUAGGAUAAUGUUUGCUUUUGUUUGUCAAAGGGAAUUAUUGUUAGAAGGCCAUUUAAAAUUAAUAUGACUAUUUUUAACUUAUUAAACAGACUUUGCACUUUCUUCAUCUUUUUGCUGAUGUUUUUAAAUGAAAUAAAUGACUGUGAACUGUCA